AAACCUUACAAAUGUAGUGAAUAUGAGAAAUGUUUCAAUCAAGUUGGUGAUCUUAGAAGACAUCAGAGAAUUCAUACAGGAGAGAAACCUUACAAAUGUAAUGAAUGUGAAAAAUGCUUUAGCUACAAAAGCAACCUUAGAAGUCACCAGAGAAUUCAUAAAGGGGAGAAGCCUUACAAAUGUAGUGAAUGUGACAAAUACUUUUCCCAAAAAGUCAGUCUUAGAAUUCAUCAGAGAAUUCAUACAGGAGAGAAACCUUACAAAUGUAGUGAAUGUGAGAAAUGUUUCAAUCAAGUUGGUGAUCUUAAAAGACAUCAGAUAAUUCAUACAGGAGAGAAACCUUACAAAUGUAAGGAAUGUGACAAAUGCUUUAGCUACAAAAGCAACCUUGGAAGUCACCAGAGAAUUCAUAAAGGGGAGAAGCCUUACAAAUGUNGUGAAUGUGACAAAUACUUUUCCCACAAAGUCAGUCUUAGAAUUCAUCAGAGAAUUCAUACAGGAGAGAAACCUUACAAAUGCAAUGAAUGUGACAGUUUCUUUACCCGAAAAGACAGUCUUAAUAUCCACCAGAGAAUUCAUACAGGAGAGAAACCUUACAAAUGUAGUGAAUGUGACAGAUGCUUUACCUAUAAAGGUGAUCUUAGAAAACAUCAGAGAAUUCAUACAGGAGAAAGCACCUUACAAAUGUGAAUGUGACAUGUGCUUUACCCAAAAAUUCAAUCCUCAUCUUCAUUUGAGAAUUCAUACAGGAGAGAAGCCUUACAAAUAUAAUGAAUGUGACAAAUGCUUUAGCCAAAAACAAUAUUCGCUCUUAUCAGAGAAUGCACACAGUUGACACCUUCACAAAUGAAGUGAAUGAGAAAAACCCGUUUCCAAGGAAGAUAAUCUUAGAAUUCAUCAGAGACUACAUAUAGGAGAAGGAACUUAUAAAUAUAGUAAAUGUUCAAAUCCUUCA